AUGAAUGAACUAAAAACAUUAUUAAAAAAAACCAAUAUUAAUUUCAUUCAAUUAAUAGAUUGCGAGGCCGACGAUUUAAUCGCUUCUUUUAUUCAACAAAAAACCCCAAACGCCGACACGAUUUUCGACAUUUUUACUCGUGAUAAGGAUCUGCUACAAUUACUUGAUAAAAAUGUUAAUAUUUUGAAAUAUAUUGACGGAAAAGCAACGCUUUAUACUUACGAAAAUUUUUGUCAAGAAUAUAAUUUUAGGCCCAAUAAUUAUGUGGACUAUUUGAGUCUAUUGGGAGAUAAUGUUGACAAUAUCGAGGGAGUAAAAGGAAUCGGACCAGUAAGUGCUAAAAAAUUAAUUCAACAAUUUGAAAUUGUUGAGAAUGUUUACCAACAAAUAGAUAAUUUGCCUGAAAAUACCAAAAAAUUAUUAACCGAUAAGGAAAAAGUGGUUUAUCUUAACAAGAAAAUUAUCAGUUUAGAAAAAAAUAUUGAUUUGUCAGGUGAAAAAAUUCCUGAAUGUGAUUUUAAUUGA